GUCCCUGCGGCCGUGCAUGCUGGCCAUCCUGCAGUCCUUGCCCCGCCUCACCUUGCCUCAUCUCACCUGGUGCAGAAAAGCUAUUUGGCCACAGCCUGGGAGAGCUGCAGAUGAUGCUUCUUCAGCAUAUACAUCUGUUAUGAAGCAGUCCUUAAUGAAAGCCCAAACCAAACGGACAGACAGUAAUAGCUCCUUUGCCCUGAAUUUCAGACCUGUGUAUACAGAGGACAGAGUUCUGAGUUAGAAACACCACUGCAAAGUCAGCUGCUCAUGUGUCAUGAGCUGGAGGCACCCUUCUCAGGCUGCUAACACAUCAUCAUCUGAAUCAUCAUUGCCAGCAGAUUUCGAAAGAAAACAGACACCUCUGCUGGCCAAGAUGAGGGACGCUCCGGAGGCCCUGACCAGUGACACCAACGUCAGCAAGCACAAGAAUAAAAUGCAGAAGGAAGAGAUAAGAGAAGAGAAAUUUGGGACUAUAACUCCAGCAAAACAGCCAUCUUCAGUCCAUUUUUUCCCGAAGACAGCAGAUGUGGAUAGCACACCAAUACCAUUGUCACAGUCAUUUUCCCAUGAAAUACCGCUCAACAUCUACCAGAUCAUUAGUGCUCAAACUAGUGGUCUAACCUUAUCAUCAGCAGGACGAUUGACUUCUAAAUCUACCAUCCUGAGCUUCUCCCGAGGAGACACCAACCUGGGAAAGCAGAGCACAAGCUACAUGACUCCAAAGAAACCGACCCUACUGAGCUUUGACUCCAGUACAUUCCUUCUGGGGGAUGGAGAGGAUUAUUUCCUUUCUUUGUUUGGAGACUCAAAGAGACUCACCGCAUAUUCAUCCCAAACCGAGGAUGUGAGCAAGCACCUUUCUGUGAUUCUUGAAGAAGUUGGCCAGUUUACAUCCAGUUCUCUUGCAGACAUUAAAAUAGCUGAUGUCAACAUCAAGGGUUUGUUCGUGAGGCUCGUCAACUCUUCUGUGGACAAAGAAGUGGAAAUCGGAAACCACAUCCUCCAACAGAACGUGGAUGGACAUGCUGUUUCCUUGUACCGGUUCCCCGCCAACAUCACCAUGCAGGCCGGUUCCACAGUGACAGUGUGGGCAGCAGCGUCGGAAGCAAAGGCCCAGCCACCAACGGACUUUGUUUGGGAGGAACAGAACAGGUUCCGGUCCAGCCCCGACUGCACGACCAUCCUGUGCAAGUCCAACGGCGAGGCCAUUGCCUGGUAUACUCCGAUCCACUGGAAGCAAGCAUGGGAGAAGUUAGAGACUGAUAUUGAAUUUGAGAGAUGUUCAGUAGUGGUUCCAACAAUGAAAAGCCAUGUGUUCGGGUGGACAGCAACAUCUACAUCCUCCACAAACAAGGAAAAGCAAGAAUCAAUAAAGAAAGAGUCCUCGCAAUGUCAGAUAGAGCACAUCUACCCUUCCCUCGUGAGAGAAAAGGAAAUCUGGCCAUCUACUCUACCCAAUCGGAGUCCUUGGUGCUGCAGUCCCUACGCCUCUCCACAUCCCUACUGUUCUCUCAUUGAAUCACAUGACUCAGACGUUUCUGAAAGCUGGAUGGGUACACAGCUGAUGUCUCAGCCAGCCAAGCCCGUAUCAGCCCCAGAGACCAAGAAAAAGAAAUCGAAGGCAGAAGAACAUAGAAAACAUCUCAGCAUGUGAAACAGGAUCUGGUGACAUAGAACUCUGGCUGGCCAUCUUCCAGAACUGCCCAUCUUCCAGAACUUGCUAUGUAGAAUAUGCUGGCCUCCAACUCACAAAGAUUCCACCUGCCUCUGCCUCCUGAGUAGUGAGAUUAAAGUUGUGCACCCCAACA